AGCAUGAUGCUGUUGGGAUUUGCAGUCCCAUAAUAAUCACACGCUGAUCUCAUCACAUGGAAGGCAGAGGAGACACUCCCAGCGGCGGCAAUGGAGCACGAUAAUGGGUACGGGAGCUGCGGCCGGUGGGAGGCGCGCUCACGGCGCGGGGAAGGAAUCGGCCUGUUGUUGUCAUGGCGCCGCCUCCCCGCAGGCUGCAGCUCGGGCUCCGGUGACGGGGGAGACAGUAUGGCUGAGCCCAUCGUUAUCUCUGACUCCGAGGACACGGGAAACGCGCCGCUCGGCGCACAGCAGCAGGGGACAGGUUGGAGGUUAGAGCAGAGCCUUCCGGGAGGUGCCGGUGCCCAGGACUUAAUUGAUUUGACAGACUUUGAUGACCAUGUAAUAGAUUUGACUGCCAAUGAGCACAUGAAUUUUGAGUUCGAUCAGUUGAUAUCCUCGGAAUCCUUAAGCAACAGCAGUUGUCUCCUCUCAGGUGGACAGUCCGACUCGGAAAGUAGCAACAAUGCAUGUUGGUUAUCUGGGGACAGUAGACUUUUAAAUGAUGAGAUCCCUGAUUGUGAAGGCAGGUUUGCUGAAAGUAGCUGGAGAUCUACGUAUAGCCACCAAAGAAUUUCUGAUUGUGCAAGUGAUGUGAAAAACCAAGAGGUCUCUCGCUGUGAUAGUAUUGAUGAGGAUCUUGCAUUUCAAACGAACGUGAAAGGCCCCUUGAAAAAUUGUUCUACUUUACAAAGUUGGCAGCCUGAAGCCACCUGCACUGUGUAUUUACAGGACAAUCAUUCACAGCCGGUGCCAAGUUCUACAUCCACCCAAACUGUGGUAAAACAAGAGGACAGUAAGGAAGAGCCUGAUGCUCAAGCAGUGCAUCUCAACAAUGCCCUUCUGUACAAACUUAGGUACUUCAAGAAACCUCCAGUCAAUCACUUCUUUUUCAAUACAUUUAAAAAUGACAAGAAACUGCCUUCAGUGCCAAUCCCUUUAAGUCGUAUGAGCAUCGUGAACAACACAAAAGAUGAAAGCUUCCAUCAAGGCACAUUGCACUUCUUGAAUGAGUUUGUAUCUGCACAUUAUUACCCACCUAAGGAUAUUAUCAGUCAUGUCAUCAACUCUAUUCUACUUUGUGCGGAGGAACAAGCAAUUGAGCAUGAAGCUUACAUGAUCCUGAUGAAAGUUCAAAAGAUGCACCCAGCUACCUUGGAUACAGUGGCGUGGGAUUGGAAGCUGCUCUCGGAGGUGAUGGAGAAGAAGGUAUUAGUUGAGACUUGCUGCCUAUUUCUUCAGUAUGUAGUGCAAACUCUAGAUGAUGACUUCCAGCGGUCCUUGCAGCGACGGUCCCUGAAGAGAUGUCUGUGUAAAACAAUGCUUUCCUGUGACCGUUUCAGUAAUGUCAAAAAUGUCAUACACUGGCUAAUGGAUAACAUUUCUGGAAUUGGCUUGGACAAGGAGCUGGAUACCUGUUCUGAGUGUGACAGAGAAAGGAUGGUUUUCCUUCUACAACGCAUGCUCUCUAUAGCAGUGGAAGUUGAUAACUUACCUACAAUGAACUCAAACAGGAUAGCUGACUUCAUAUUCCCCUAUUUUAUUGUCUUAAAAACCCGGCAACAGAGGGAGCUGUUCCUCUGCAGCACUGAAAACCACCUUCUUCGGGCAAAGAUUCUAGAGGUGAUCUUCCAAAAUAGUUGUGAUGCUUCUCUACCUCAAGACCAAUCCCUUUCUUUAGACCAAAUACUGUUCUUCAUUGGUAAUUCCACACUGCGCCUGGAAAACCAGGUUCAAUUAUGUGGUGAGGUACAGGAUCCACUUCUGGUUGUCCACAUAAUUUAUGAUUGGAAGACACCAGCACUGGUUUUGCCUAUUACAUUGACCGGUGCAGAGUGGCAACGAUGGGAUGAGAUGCUGCUUUACAUCUAUCUGCUGUUUGUAAGUUUACAGAAGAUUAUGACAGACCACUUGCGAACACAAGUUACAGACCGCAUUGAUGAAAGCCUGAAGAAGCCACAUUCUCAGUUACCUGCAUCUGAGGAAAUCACUGAAGAAGACGUGGAGGCCUCUCUCAACACAUUCAAGAAACGGGUUUUUCUUGGAGCGGAAACUCCCUCAGCACUUAAGGAUAGAAUUCAAAUGUUGCGGUCUUUGCUACUAACAGCUGUUAAAAGGCACACGUAGUAAUAUAUCUGAACUGUUCAUUUUGAUAUUUUUUAUUUUAUUUUCUAAACUAUUUUAGCAAAUGUUUUUAAUCUCAGGUGUCUGGAUCAUUUCAGCAUAAACUUUGCCAAUGUAAAUAGUUUGUGGAGAUUCAAAAAAUAUAUUAAGUAAGAUUUAAUUUUUAGGAGGGUGUAAUGUAACCUGACCGCAAUGCCUGAUGGUUUAAACUACUAGUAAAAGCUAUAAAACCGCUGUCUGUCCAAUCAGAAGGUGAAGACUACCAUACAUAUUUUAAUGAAGGCGAUCUUUAUCUCUUGAUAAAGGAGGAAAAUUA